UUAUGUGACCGAAAUAGAUUGAUCAGUUGAUAGGUUUGACUCGUGGAAUAUUAAGCUAUUAAAAUCGUUUGUUCUUAUCUUACUAACUUUGACAUGGCUUUAGAUAAGCAAGUGGAUCAUACAUAUGCAUCACAUAAAGAUUUUCUUGUUCCAUUUCAAAAGAAGGGGGACCAUAGCUAUUCAAUUACGAGGAAAAAUGUAAAGAAAAGCAGAAGUGCUUGCAGUCAAACUGGCGGGGACAAAGAAGAAAAAUCCGGAAGGUGGAGAUCAGAAGAAAAUUUAUCAUUGGAUAUAACUGCGUUUGACGAGUUAGUAGUAAGUGGCAAUACUAGAAAGAAAUGUAGUUCAACUGAAUUUGAGUGUGCACACCAUGAGGACCAAAAUGACACGUGUAAUCCUGUUAUUCUGUGUAGUUCCUGGCCAAAAGAGAACCACCUACGUUCAUCACUAUGUACUCCAAUUGCAAUCCGAGUACAAGGAACCGAGUCAACAGAUCAUACAUAUGCUAAGGAAACGGCAAAGCAACAGUGCUCGGUCAAAGUGUCUUCACAGUGUGCACGAAACUCAGAGAUUUCAAACUUUGAAUUGUUGGCGAAACUUUCAAUAACAGCUGAUCAUACAUACACAGAUAAACAUGGUGAACAUAAUUUAUUAACCAAAACUCAACAAAAACCUUUAAUUAGGUUUGAUCACUCAUAUGUGAACAAAAACUCUAUUCCUUGUUUUGUGGAACAGGACUGUAAGACUCGCUCAAAUAGAUUGGAGCUGAACUGUACAAGACCUAUUUCUGGAAGCUCAAAAGAUCACAACUAUUUAGGGUCUUGUGAAAGUUUAGACGUGCAGCUCUCAGCAUCAGACACUGAUUCUUGUGAUGAGCCAAAUGAAAACAUAACUGAAUUAGCUUUUAUAGCAUGGUGUCAAUUGAGGAAAGAUCACCCGUAUUCCUCAUUUUAGACUAAGAUGAGUUAGAUCAAUGUUUAACCAAUAUUGAUAUAAAAUGAUAUAAAUUUCAGAGUGUUUUGUGAAAAAAGAUUAUAUAUUACAUUUGCUUAUUGAACUAAAUGGAAAUAUUGAUGUUUGAUUUUGAUUCAAAAUACAAGUACAGUGGGUUCAAGCCUA